CAGACAGCUGGUGACUGUUCUCUGACUUUCAGCCUUUAACCACGUGCAUGUCAACCUCUUGAAAUGGGGUGGACUGUGGUGAGUUUGUGCCCUCAGAGCAAGGCAGGCUGAUUGGUGUGCCGGGGUAUAAAUUCAUGACAGGAACCUGUGUAAUACUGACUAAAGUUAACAGACUACUAAACUACAUUUGAACUAACAAGACAUUUCCCCUGGACUAGCAACCACUGCAAGAGUCAAGAGUCCAGCCUUUGGGUGGAGAAGAGGACAAUAACAGGACACAGGAACACAAUGAAUAUUCAGUCUGCCAUCAACAAAGAGGUCUUCAUUCCUCGUGAUGAGCGGAUGCUGGUGGCAGUGGAGGUGUGGAGGAGGAAGAGGAAGAGGAUGUCCUUUCUACUGAAUGGAGCCAAAACAGACUACGUGACAUUCAUCUGUGUGUCAGUGACUAAAAAAAGGCCACAUCAGCUCCUCAUCACAAAGGUGAAGCAAUUUUGUGGCUCCUCCUCCUUCACCAGGAGGUCCCAGUGGACAGUGGAGCAGCUCAGACAGGUCAAUGGCAUCAACCCCAACAAGGACAGUCCAGAGUUUGACCUGGUGUUUGACAAUGCUGUGGACCAGUGGGUAGCCAGCUCCUCAGCAGAGAAGUGUAUCUUUGUCCAGAUCCUGUACCACGCGUGCCAGACCUACUGGAUGGGAAAAAAAGGGAGUCUGGUGAAGGCUGGGAAGCUGGGCAGGGUGGGCAAGAUGGGCAGCAAAGGGGGAGCAUGUCAGGGCGCUCACGAUGACAUCAGAGCCGGUCCUAAUGACUCCUCACCAGGCUCUGCAUCCAGAAACCCGAAAGCCAGACGGAAGAGCUAUGUUUCUCCCAAACAGACAGAGUUUAUCAACUGCCAGUCCAAACUCACAGGAGAUGCCUGCACCAUGAAUCUAGUCAUCUACCACUGCAAAGCCUUCUUGAACCGUAUGAAGAAAAUGAUGGUUGCAAACCAAAGUGGAUCACUAGGUGAAGGGCAGCGUGUUACGGGCAGCACUAUGGGUAAUGUAGUCCAGAGGAUGAAUUUGGCUCUGGGAGAGCGUGGAGACAAACUGACUCGUGCUGAGGACAAGACUGUGGAACUGAUGCACAAAGCUCAGCAGUUUGCAGACACUGCUCACAAGCUGGCCCUGAAGUAUUCAAAGUAACGUCUGUUGGAGGAUGAGGAUGAAUUCUACAGGAUGAAGAUGAAUCUUGUAACAUGGACACUAACGCUGUCUGAUGCAGUCUGGGCUCUGCGUGUGUGUGAAGAUACAACAGGAGUUAAGUACCCCCUGGUGCCAUACGUGGGAAAAGUAUUAAUGCUUGGCCAUGAGUUAAUAAAGCCUGGCCACGAGUUAGUAAUGCGUUGGAACUAGAUAAUUAAGUCGUGGCCAUGCCUUAAUAACUCGUCGGAAUGAGAUAAUUGAGUUGUGGCUGCGCCUUAAUAACUCGUGGGAACGAGAUAAUUAAAUCUUGGCCACACCGGUUAAUUCAAGUUCCAGAUGCAGGGGAUGGUUGUCUGUUUUGGAGUGAUGCUGUUUAUGAAGUUUGUGAGGAAUAAAGGCAAAUAUACUUUUAUAUUCAAGAGUAUAAAGCACUUAAACAAUAAUCGUUGUAAGUCACACCUGUUAUUAUGCUGUGCUACUGCUAUGCAAUAUUACGGCAAUAAUAAGGCUAUCAAGGGGCCGGAGUUUAUCGAAAUUAAUUCACAUUUGUCUAUGUUUGCAAGCAGCUAUAGCAAAAAUGAACAGUCUCUCCAUAGGAGAUGACUUACAAUAAUUAUCUUGUAACCACGCGUUAUUAAUUCUUGGCCACGACUUAAUUAUCUCGUUCCCAUGAGUUAUUAAUGCGUGGCCACGACUUAAUUAUCUCGUUCCCAUGCAUUACUAACUUGUGGCCACGCAUUCAUAUUUUUCCCACGUAUGUCACCAGGGGGGGUCUGUAGAAAACUGACUCUCAGUCCCUAAACUGCUUCUUAUAAAACUGAGUGCAGCAGAGACAACUAAAUGCUCUGUGAUUUUAAUCUUUGCUUCACACCUCUGCUCUUUGAGCUGAGGAUCAUUUGCACUGUGUUCAGUGUUAAUAAUUUUUCUUGUUAGAAAUAGAAUCUCUUCAUAAAAAAAAUGAAGCUGCUGUUUGUUUUGUGUAUAAUAAGUUCUAAACAUCCGUGAAAAUAAUUUUCUGAAUUGUUAUUACCUGCUUUACUUGAGAUGUGAGCUAAAUGUCGUACUGAGCAACAUAUCUUACUGACAUGUCUUACGGGUUUGGACUUCAUUGGAUUUAAUCACACUAAAUGUUUGAUUUGACAUUACUCUGCAAUUUUCAAAACAACCUGUUGCUGUCCUUUUUUUUCCUGAUAUAUGUAUGUCUGUUUUUGUGCAGUGUACUGUGCCGUGUCAUAUUGUCAAACGUGUUGUCCUCUAUGUUUAAAUUGAUGUCCUGAAUUGCCAUUCAGGCUAUUUUAUGUUUUGUGUGCUGUACAGUGUCGCCUGGUCUGUGCAAAUCAUCAAGUUUGUGUUGGAGUCUGUGUGGAUCAAUAUUUUUCAUUGAGAGGAGUUCCAUAGUCAGCAGUUAGAGUGAUGCUGUGUAGAAAAGUGAGGUGGAAACUUCAUGAGUAAGACCAACAGCAAGUGUUGUAUUUGUUGCUGGAAGCUAAAACACAUUUGAUCAUGGAAUACAUCCUAACAAAACUUCUCUCUUCUGUUUUGUUUAUUGCUUUGGGGUAAAUUUUAAUGUUUGAAAUGUAAAUGUUUUUUACUCUCCUCCAGGAUAUUGGCUGUUCAGCUAUUGACCACCAGGUGGUAUUCAAACUGCAGAAAAGCAGCUGACAAACAGCUGAAAUGUAACUGAUGAAGUUUCUGUUAAAUUUUUUGAUGAAAAACUGAAACCUUUCAGACUAAAUGUUCAUUGUAAUUGUUAUUAAUUAUUCUUUGGUCUCAGGCAAUAAAAUCUUUCAAAAUUG